AUGGACAAGUUUCCCAACUCGGAAGAAUUUGGCCCUAUUUUUUCGAAAACGAGAGAGAAGAAGCAGUGGCUAUCAACUCUUAGCGUUACCUCGGUAUGCUCCAAGAAUUUCUCAUCCCUCAUCUCGAAGGAAAAUGAAGUUGACUUAGAAAAAAUUUGGUUUCAACAAGACGCAGCCACGGCUCACACCGCGAGAGUUUCCAUUGCUUUUUUGCAAACAAUAUUCCCCGGGCGCGUUAUUUCCCGACAUGGUGACGUUCCCUGGCCUCCGCGCUCCCCCAAUAGCACUCCCAGUGACUUUUUCCUUUGGGGCUACCUAAAGUUAAAAGUGUAUGUGGACAAACCAAGAAACAUUCAGGAGUUGAAGGAGUCAAUUAGACGUGAAAUUGUCGAAAUUUCGGACGAUAUGGUGAAGAAAGUGAUGGGCAACUUCAGGGACCGUCUAGAGCAGUGCAUCGCCGAAGAGGGUCGUCAUUUAAAUUAA